CCGGAGUGCGCAGGCACUGCCGGGGCGGGGCGGGACGCGGCGGCGGAGAGUGCCUUCCUUGAGCCAACGAUGAAAACAUGUUUAGAAAAGGCAAAAAACGGCACAGCAGCAGCAGCUCACAAAGCAGCGAGAUCAGUACGAAAAGCAAGGUAAGCCCGCUUUGGUACGCACUCUUUGUGGACAAAGAACAUUCAUCUGCUUUGAGCAGACAGUUCAGUGGUUCACUUGCACUGACCUUAGGCUGUGAUCUCUAUAUAAUGCCAUGCCGGACAGGGAGAGCUGCUUACUUCAACUACUCCUCAGACUGUGCCAGGAGAUGUAGAAAAAUGAAUGCAUGUAAGGUCGUUGUGUUGUGAGAAGGCUGCUUGGUUGCUGCCCUAGUGAUGCCCACAGACACUGAGCUCCUGCAGCAGGUACCAGGGCUUGGGAGAAGGAGCAGCACGUUUGUUCUGUAGUGAUAAAACAUCGCCCUUCGAGGUGCCUGGUGAUGGGCGCCAAGAAUGAGUUUGUUCUUCAGUAUCAGUUGGUUACUCAGUGUUUCUGAAAGCUAUUCUUUGUUUUAAAUAAUGUGUCCGUUUUUCUGAUAGGUUUGGAAUGAUCAGUUGCAUAUUCUGGAUUUUCCAAGGUGCCGUUUCACUUCCCUUGCACUGCUAUGUUAUUGCAAGCAUUGGUGACAAGCAUGUAGUUGUCAAUUUCUUCAAGUUAAGAUGCAGUACCAGAAAAGUCUGGACGUAACCUUAAGGUUCAUUUUCUCUUUUUUAUUUCCACCUUCUUUUGAAAUAUUUGUGGACUGCUGAGUUUGUAUCAGUCUAGCUCGUAGUAAGGCACGAAGAUAGCUUCAGGAAAAGCAUAGGGUUUUUGGUUUGUGUUUUGUUGUUGUUUUUUUUUUCCUCCCCAUUUUGCAGUGCAGCUUAAAUAACCAAAUCAAGUAUUAGUUUAUUUUAAAAAGUUGAGGCAGGACAGCUGAAGUGAAUUGUCAAUUUAUUCUCGGUAACUUUCUGAUGAUGUUAAUUUUCUUCUUAGUCUGUAGAUUCCAGUCUUGGGGGACUUUCCAGGUCCAGUACUGUGGCAAGUCUCGAUACAGACUCCACAAAAAGCUCAGGACAGAGCAAUAGUAAUUCUGACACAUGUGCAGAAUUCAGAGUUAAGUAUGUUGGUGCCAUUGAAAAACUGAAACAUAAUGAGAGCAAAAAUCUGGAAGGGCCAUUGGACUUGAUAAAUUACAUAGAUGUUGCCCAGAUGGAAAGUUACCUUUUGUUCCAGGUGAAGAGGAGUUUAUAAUGGGCGUUUCCAAAUACGGCAUUAAAGUUUCAACAUCAGACCAGUAUGAUGUGUUACACAGGCAUGCUCUCUAUUUAAUUGUACGGAUGGUCUGCUAUGACGAUGGUCUGGGAGCAGGAAAAAGUUUACUGGCUUUGAAGACAACAGAUGCGGCCUCUGAAGAAUGCAGCCUCUGGGUAUAUCAGUGCCAUAGUUUGGAACAAGCACAAGCUAUUUGCAAAGUGUUAUCCACGGCCUUUGAUUCAGUUUUAAUGUCAGAGAAGUCCUGAUUUUCUUCAGCAGCACGUGACUGUACAGUACAAGGGGCCUUUGUGCGAGGAGGAAAUGGGGCUCCCCUGUCAUACUGCAGACUGGCUGCAGCCACACACGAGCUUAGAAAAGACUUGCUGUGCACAGAGCCGUGCGGCGCGGUACUUCAUCAUUCCCCAGACCUGACUUGAAGAAAUUAUUCCACCAGAAUGUUUCCGGAACAACACAGAAUUUUAUAUUUAACAUGCAUUUUUCUUUUUCCUAAAUCACGUUUUGUAUAUUGAUGUCAAUAUUGUAGAAAUGUAAAAUAAAACUGACGCUUCCUUUUUUUUUUUAAAAAACAAAUUUGUUAAUAUAAACUUCAGUUCUGCUUAACGUAGAUCUCGUAACAAAAGGGCGAGAGCUGCAAAGUGGUUAUAAGCAGCUGGUUCUUCAUACCUCUCCUUUAAUGUAAGAUGCGCUGCCUGCACAAUUCUCAUUUUACACAAAGAACAAUAUUGUGUAAGCAACGCAGAGUUACACGAGAGAAGGAGCCAAAGUGAUUUUAAAAGUAGUUUUAUUUUUCCAGACAUUUGACUGGUUAACAAGAGUAAAAUUUAUUAAUCAUGCUCUAAUUAUAAAUCACCGCAUCCAGGACAUUGAAAAUAAGAGUUGAUUUUCGGUUAUACAAUAUAUACAGUUGCUCUGCAACUAAACAAAAUAAAAACCACUGGAUUGAAUAUUAUA